AAUUAGCAAGAUGGAGGUUUGCGACAUUUCGACUACUAAAUCUAAAUACAUUGUAUUACGGCAACGAAAACAUUUAUUUAUGUUCUUGUUGCCGAUCUGCCACCUAAAUACUAGGUACCUAGGGUGACCUUUGAGUCGCCUGAAAACUUUUGUCCUAAUUUUAUUUGGCCGCCUUAGUCUAUUUUGAUUGUACUAUCGUAAUUAGGCCUAAAAGUGUAAUUAAUUUCUAAUAUUUAAUGCCCUUAUACUCUGUAGAUAUCCUCUAUGUAGGCUACGAAUAGAAAUCAAAUGUGAAUAUGACUUGUCGUGAAUGUUGCGUUCCAAAUACAAAGGUCCGCCGUUGGACCGUGCUCUAUAGCAAAGUGCUAUGACUUCUCAAAUGAAUAAUUCUAUUAUACGUACUUCUUGCUCAACAAUGCUUUAUGGAACUAUUGUAGUGAAACUUCGAAAAAAGACUGAAUACUGGCAUAUUACGGCGAGUGUCAAAAGGACAGACGUCAUUAUACCAUUGAAGAUGUAAUUGAUAAUAACAACAUGAAAAUUUACAAGUACACUAAAAUGAAGACCCGAUAGAAGAACCACAAAUAUCAUGCACCCACAACUCCCUAUUAUGCUACCAUCAAAGGUAAAAAUGAAAUUGCAAUAGUAUGGCUGAUGCAGCGGUAACCCAGUCCGACCUCAACAUACUUCAAGAAAGAGGAUUCAUUUUAGAGAAGAUGGUAGGAGAAGGGUCUUACGCCAAGGUAUUCAAAUCUACUCACAUGGUGGACGAGACCCAUCACACUAUAAUGGCCUGCAAAGUUAUAGACACCGCCCAAGCUCCCCGUGAUUACUUAACUAAAUUUCUGCCUCGUGAAUUGGACGUCCUUAUCAGAGUCAACCAUCCACACGUAGUAAACGUUUCCAACAUAUUUCAAAGACGAGCUAAAUAUUUCAUCUUCUUACGUUACGCUGAAAAUGGCGACCUGCUGGAUUUCUUAACGCAAAAUGGCGCCGUGCCUGAAAACCAGUGUAGACUCUGGAUGAGACAGAUAAUAUCGGGGAUGCAAUACAUACACACACUGAACAUAGCCCAUAGAGAUCUGAAAUGUGAAAAUAUAUUGAUAACAGCAAAUUAUAAUGUGAAAAUAACAGAUUUUGGGUUCGCAAGGCAAGUGAAAGUCCGCGACCGGGACGUUUUGAGUGAGACCUACUGUGGUUCACUGUCGUACGCCGCGCCAGAGGUGCUCAAAGGUAUACCGUACUUACCGAAACUUGCGGACAUGUGGUCCAUCGGCAUAAUUCUCUACACCAUGCUGAACAAGGCGCUACCUUUUAACGAGACUUCAGUCAAGAAACUUUAUGAAAAACAGAUGUUGCGCAAGUGGCGUUUUCGUACGGGCAUAGUGAACCAGCUGUCGACCGAGUGUAAGCAGCAGGUGACGCAGUUGAUGGAGCCAGAGGCGCACCUGCGCCCCACCGCCGGCAGCAUCUUCAGCGGACCCUGGAUCGCCAUGGACCCGAGACUUAGCAAAUUAACAUUCUUGGAAGAGUCUUUGAUGAAACAGGCUGUUGAGGAAGCCGCGAAACGAGAGAAAGACACGGAGGAGGAGAGCGAGGUCGACAGGAUCGCAGAGCUUCGACGGAAAGGACGGGGGAAAGAGGGUCUAAAAAUCUUGAAGAGUGCAGAUGUCAAUGCAUAUAACAAGUCGCAACAGUUAUUCGAUGCCGAUAAAUGAAAACAAAUCAUGUUCCUUCAAGUGUUUAAUAACUUCCUUUAUUAUAUAUAUAUAUAUAUUGUAAAAAUGGUUUAAUACAUUAUUGUAUAAAUGA